UCAGCUCAACGUCAUCUCCAACCCCUGUGACAACAAAAAACAACCAAAAGAGUGGCUGUGGAGUCCCUGGCCGUGGUUUCGGCCCCGUGCCGUCGUAUCCGCAAUCCCCGGCCGUCCACAAACCGGCGAACCAACGGGUGUCGAUCAUUGCAUCAAAAUCAGGAAUUCAGAGGCGCACCGCAUGUUUCCGCAAAUAGAGCGGUUAUAAGAGUCAGCAGCUGCUGUUCAAAUAAGCCCGCCCGCUGUUUCGAGGUCCUGUAAUCUGAAUUACCAUCGACAAAAAAAUUGAAUUUUCGAGAACAAGAGCCAUUGGCAGACUUCCCAAGCAUACUCCACGAUGAAGAUGCGCAUCCCUUUCAGUUUUCUCACUCUUGGAAUCCUCGUGGCCGCUGAGGACAUCGAAGAACACGAUGUUCCCCAGGCGUGCGUUUCCGACUGCCGCAGCUUGAUCGACCUCUCCGCCAGGUGCGAAAGCAGCACAGAUGGUGACUCGGCAUUCAAUGACUGCGUGUGCGGUGACACAGGUGCCAAUUCCGCAUUGAACUCUUGCGCCGCUUGUGCCAAGCAGAAUGGCUUCACAGCAAACGACGACAAUGAUGUUGCGUCUCUGAUGGCAGACUGCGGCCUGGACUUCAACGCUGCAAGCGCCUCGGGCGGGAAUAACACGGGCAGUGUUGCGACCAACACGAUCACUUCCGUUUCGGGCUCGAGCACCGUCGUUGUGACCACCACUUCUUCGCCGUCACCAUCGCUGCAGACUUCUGGGAGCGAGGCCACGUCGACAGAUGGAUCGGCGGCGGCAGGAGCACGUGCAACUGCUGGCAUUGGGGCCGUGGUCGCUGGGUUGGCCUUGGGAAUUCCUGCGCUGAUUUGAUGUUCCCAAGAGUAGUUGAUUCGGCAGACUUGUGAAAUCCAGCCGUCUGCUCCCUUCAUCUUUUCGUUCAUUUUCUUCCAGGUACAACCUAGGUCUCACCAAAUGCCAGCAGUCCUGAACGAAGUCAUACCUAGUCAUAUUGAUAGAUAAUCCUG